UCUCAAGCCUACUGUACUGUAUAUUGGAAAAAAGGAGUACAAGCUCAGUUGCAUAUCUACCCGUGUCACUUGAAAGUGAUAAAAUUCUAUGAUUACUGUCAUCAUUGAAUGCAAUGACUUCAAAGAUAACAAUUCAUAUUCUAGAAUUCUUUGGCUUGAAGAAAAGAAAAGAAAAAAUAAAUAAAGAACAUCAAAAAUCUAAUUCGAUAUUGAGAAAUGGUAGUUUGGCUGCAAAAACGUUUUCAAAUGGGACCGAAACAACAUUAAAUAUUCAAACUACUUUAGGCAAUUUACAAACAACACUGACAAAGAACUGCAACAAACUUGAUGGAAUAGAAAAGACAUUAAAAGAAAUUCAUGAAGAAAUGGACAAUUGUCUUUUGGAUGAAAGCAAAUUAAAAACUGAUCAGCUUCUUUUAAGGAGGGUUUCUAACCAUCAUAAGGGGACUGAAGAGAGGCCGAUUAUUUCAACGUUGGCACGCAAAGAUAAAAUAAAUAAAGCCUUGUUGAGGUGCCACAAGGAAUUAGAUGGUUUGGCCAGAACUCAUUUUGAUUUGCAACUAAGGUUACAAAAGACAGAGAGUCAGGAAAGGUUGGUGGUGGACGAUUUGAAUGAAUUAGAGUUUAGAAUUGACUGUUAUACUUAAAUCUCUGCAUUUGAAAUAAUAAAAAUUUCGAAAAG